CGGAUAUGACGUGUGUGACGCGAGCGGUGUUGUUGUUAUUGUGUCGUUCCGGGAAACCACAGACACGAACAGAUAGGGGGAUGUACUUUGAUACUGGAAAGUGCGUCAAAAACUGCGCUGGGUUUUUCUGUGAUACUUCAGCUUGAAAAUGAGACGCAGCUGCUGAUAGACAGAUGGCAUUAUUCCUGGAGGGGACAGCAGCAAGCAGCACCAUGGAAACGUCCAAUUUUGCCCAUGUCAUCUUCCAGAAUGUGGGGAAAAGUUACCUUCCUCACGCAGCAUUAGAGUGCCAUUACACCCUCACGCAGUUCAUUAAACCGCAUCCCAAAGACUGGGUCGGCAUAUUCAAGGUUGGCUGGAGCACCGCUCGGGACUACUACACGUUCCUGUGGUCACCUCUUCCAGACAACUACACAGAGGGAGCCGCAGUCAACAGAUCUGUGGUUUUCCAAGGUUACUAUGUCCCAAAUGACGAUGGGGAGUUCUACCAGUUUUGCUAUGUCACACAUAAGGGAGAGAUCCGUGGGGCUAGCACUCCAUUCCAGUUCCGCGCCAACAGCCCCACAGAGGAGGAACUGCUGACAAUGGAGGAUGAAGGAGGGUCUGAUAUCCUGGUGGUCACCACCAAGGCUAGUUACCUGGAGCAAAAGAUGGAACAAAUUCAACAGGAAAAGAAGGAGCUCUUGGAAAACCUGAACUUACUUCAGAAAGAGAGGGAUGAACUGAUUGAUGAGAAGAACAGACUACAGAAAGAAUAUGAGCUGGAGCGAGAGAGCAGCGCUCAGCUCAGGAAAGAUGUGCAGGAGUUGCAGCUGUCUGCCCAGAGCUUGCAGGAGGAGAGAGAGGAGGUGAAAAGGAGAAUGGAAGAGAGUACGGCACGACUGUUGCAGUUAGAGGAGGAUCUGAUCGGAGUCACACAAAAAGGCCUGCAGAAAGAGACCGAACUAGACUGCCUGAGGGAUCGAGUGAAGAAGUUAAGCCUGGAGAAAGAGGCUCUUGAGUGUCAGCUGAAGAAUGAGAAAGAUGAGAAGGAGCUCUAUAAGAUUCACCUGAAGAACCGGGAGCUUGAGAACACUAAACUGAGUGCUGAGCUGCAGAUGCUGAAGUCUAUGGAUGUGAAUAAGGAGAACACCAUUGCUCAGCUGAAGGAGGAGCUCACUAGAGUCAAAUCCUGCCUGGCAGAGAAAGAAAAAGAGCACCACCAACUACUGGCCAACAGUUCACCUUCGGGGGAAAGUAAGGCUCUUAGGGAGCAGCUCAGGCAGAAAGAGGAGCAGUUGCAGGCAACCCAGCAACAGGCAAAUAUGCUAAAAGCUGAGCUACGCGACUCGUCCAACACUCGUGACAGAAGCAUGGCCGACCUAUACCGCAUCCGCCUGGAGGCCGAGUCAUUAAAGAAGGGACAGAUGGAAGCCCGGGCUGAGUGUAGCCGCAUGGAAAAGCAGCUGGAGGAGAUGAAAAACUCAACACAACAGGAGGCGUGUAAGGAGUCAGAAGGGUUAGCUGUUGCCGAACUGCAGAAAGAAGUUGAAGAUUUACGGCUCAGGCUGCAGAUGGCUGCUGAACACUAUAAAGACAAAUAUAAGGAAUGCCAGAAGUUCCAGAAACAAGUGGUCAAGCUCACUGAACAACAAGGAGUGAAGAGAAGUCCAGGGUCUGAACCAGCAGCUGGACCUUUAUCUGCCAGUCUAGAGGCAUCUGCACCAGGAAGCCCAGGUUCUUCCGAUGAUGUGCUAGAUGCCAUCAUUCAGGGCAAGCUGAAAAGUGCAAGCAAGGAGCCAGACAAAAAUGACAAAUACAGGAAAUGCAAACAGAUGCUUAAUGAGGAGCGAGAGCGUUGCAGCAUGAUAAACGAUGAGCUUACAAAGAUGGAGGUGAAGCUAAGAGAGCAGAUUAAAACCAAUGAGGGCCUGAGAAUGCAGUUGGCUGCUGAGGAGGAUCGCUACAAGGAGUUGAAAAGGGGUGUCAGCAGGGAUGAAGAACAUGAAAACAAAGAUGGCAGUGUGGAUGCGCAGUCAGUUUUCUUACAGUACCCGAUGCCGUACCUUCAAGAUGACCCAUCUCCUCUGCUGGUGCCCCAGCGUCCCACUGAUCUCAUGUUUGGGAACCCGUACUCUUCUACUGAUUCCAGGGAUGGAGCCGAUGGAGAGUUCUCUGAUGACCAGAUGCCCCGACUGCCCCCAGUUGGGCCUCCAUCCUGGGAUAGCAAUGUAGUGUGCAUACAGCCCGCCCGGAACCUCAGUCGCCCCGAUGGAUUGGAGGAACCAGAGGAGCCGCAGAGCACUCAAACCAAUGAUCAGCCAACAGCCGCUGUCCCCGCAGAGUUCCUCAGUGAUGGACAGAUGCCAUUCUGCUUUGAACCCAGUGGGGAGCAGAAGCGAUGUCCGCUGUGUGAAGUGAUCUUCCCUCCUCAUUACGACCAGUCCAAGUUUGAGGAGCACGUGGAGAGCCACUGGAAGACCUGCCCCAUGUGCAGCGAACAGUUCCCCCUCGACUGCGACCAGCAGCUCUUCGAGAAGCACGUCCUCACCCACUUCGACAGUAACGUGCUCAACUUCUAGUCGAGAACAAGAAUCCUCGUCUCCACUUCACAUUCUGCUCAUUUGUGUUACAGUUAACAGCCACUUUAAACCGCAUGUUUAGCUUUGAGAUUUCAUCUGUAGAGAACUGAUCCUUUCUUUAACACAAUCAAGGUAGUCUGGAUACUGUUAACGAAUUCCAAAUGACUGAAAGAUGGAUUUUGGGUGACGCUUUAGGGUCUUUAUUUAGGUCCAUUUUAGUUGGGGAUUACUUCUGUCAAUAGGACUUUUUAUUCUAACUCACUUCUCAUAUCAAAGUUAGCAUUGCAGGUGGUUAAGAAUA